GAACAACAAAUUGUAAACCGCAUGGUCUUUAAUUAUUCCCUCGAUGAUUUCAUGGUCAUGUGGAAGAGAUGUGUGGGAGAGUACGGAUUUACUGAUCUAAGCUGGCGGAGCGACGCCUGUACUGGUGUUGAUGAUUCGCCGUUUGGCUGGGACUUCAAACCAGCUUGUAUACGCCAUGAUUUCGCGUAUGAGAACUUUCGGCUUCAGCAUCGGCUCAGUCAUGAAGCUCGUAAGAAAAUCGACGUCCACUUCAGGGACGACCUCUACUAUAUCUGUGAAAGACGUUCCAAUACCAAGGCCUGCAGGGUGUCAGCCAAAAUCUACUACGCCGGAGUCAGGCUGUGGGGGAAAAAUCAGGAGAAUGCGUUUUUCACCAUCAACGCUAUUGUCGCCAACCAUGCCCCCGUGAACGCUUCCGACAGUAUCUCCACGACAGCUACCGCAAUCAACACAACCUCCGAAAAUACUACUACCGUCAACACCACCCACACGAAUAAUGCUGGUCCCGACGAUACACAAAGAGAUAUUCGUAGCAAAGAAAAAGUUGCUAUCAUGGCCUGGCUUGGCGAACUGACGCAUGCAGAGCUGCUGAUGGAAAUGCCAGAGACGCAUCUGGAGUAUUUAAGCAAGUCACUCGAUGACUGGACGGAAGUCAUUGAGAGAGAGUGACACGAACAGGAGACUGUGCAAGCAUAGGACGCGUAAUUACGUCUGGAUCUGUAAUUGAUCCGUCGUGUUCGAUAGAACGAGGGAGUGACUGCUAGACAAAUCCCAUC